AUGAUUAAGCUCUUGAUAUUGGGUCUCGCUGUCCUUAUUCAUUGCUGUGACUCUGAAGUUUUAUAUACUGACAUAUGGGCAGAUUAUGAGACAGACCCUGUGAUUGUAAAACGCGCUUACAAGAUUGUCGGUAGAAGUUCACGUAUAACCCGCAAACCCUCCAAAGUAGAUGCAAAAAAAGGAAAGGAAAAUUCUGAACCGGAUAGUGAAGAGGACGUAAAAAUAGUUAAAAAAAUACGAUGGAGGAAAAUUAAAAAAAUUCGAGAACCAACCCAGAAACCAACCACUACCCGAGCUUCUGUGAGACCCACCACUGUGCCGCCCACUACUACGACCAGGACAACAAGGAGGCCUGUUCCGACCACCACUGUGCCGCCCACUACUACGACGAAGACUACGAGGAGGCCUGUUCCAAUACCUACAACCAGAAAAUUCGUUCCCCGUAGAGUGAUGAGAAGAUCGACGUAUGAACCCUCUCCAAAACCAACCACCACUGUGCCGCCCACUACUACGACCAGGACAACAAGGAGGCCUGUUCCGAUACCUACAACCAGAAAAUUCGUUCCCCGUAGAGUGAUGAGAAGAUCGACAUAUGGACCCUCUCCAAAACCAACCACCACUGUGCCGCCCACUACUACGACCAGGACAACAAGGAGGCCUGUUCCGAUUCCAUUCAUUCCGAAGAUAAAUAUUCGCAGAAAUACCACUGAAGUGCCAGCAACCAGGAAAUUCGUUCCUCGUAGACCGGUUAGAAGACCAAGAUAUGGACCAUAUCCAAUGCCAAUUGACUCUAUACCAGUAGUCGCGAUUCCACAACCUGUUAUACAGCCAAUUGAAACUUUACCUGCGUCACGUGUUUUCCAUCCAAUUGUGAAUCUGCACAUAAUGCCAGUAAUUUCCUUCCAAAGAUAUGAUUCGCAAUCAACGGGAUAUCGACAUGUUCGCCAACCAGCGGGAUAUCGACAUGUUCGCCAACCAGCGGGAUAUCGACAUGUUCGCCAACCAGCGGGAUAUCGACAUGUUCGCCAACCAGCGGGAUAUCGACAUGUUCGCCAACCAGCGGGAUAUCGACAUGUUCGCCAACCAGCGGGAUAUCGACAUGUUCGCCAACCAGGAUAUCCAGUAGUUCGUAUUUCCAGACAGAUCAAUAGACCUUCUGAAGAACGACAUGCAGCAAGCCAUGCAUUCUAUCAUAUAUUGAACAAGUUACACGUACAACUAGCAAACCCUGAAAGAGAAUAUAAGGAUACAAGGAAGUAUAUUGUGCUCAGACAACAUGAACGUCCAAACGCCAUCUAUUCAUAUGGAGACAACGUGAUUAAAGUUGGUGGGCUUCAUCCAUUUAUGUGAAGUUCAGCGUUUUCAACAUCCAAGUC